GCGGCCAGCCUGCUCCACCAGCCCGAGUGGAUCCUUUACACCACAGUCAAUUUGAGUCAACUUCAAAUCCUUUGCUUUUCGGCCGCAAGAGUCCAGAAUCCCCGAGUCUCCGUCCUUGCAAUAAAUUGCUCCGAGUCUCCGAUGCAUGUGCUCCUCGGUCUCGCUGUCGGGCUCUCCUUCUCUUCUCGUGAAUCGAACCGAUGGUAUACGUUGUUCGCGGUGCUGGAGCAUGGUAGGCUGCGCCGAUCGGCUGUCUGUGACCCCCUGAAAGGUCGUGCGUUACCUAAAAUCAACGGCAUGGUAUUCAUCGGUCAAAUGGGCCGGCAAGUAGGGGAUAGCCUCCUGUUUAAAGGCACAGCAACGCACGCGCACAAUUCCCACAGCAGGUCGUUUGUGGACAAAGUUGAGUCUAGGGCAGUAGUAUCCUCAAUAGUCUCAGUGAAGUUUAAUCCGCUGUCAGCUGGAAUAGGUAAGAGAAUCUUCGUUUGGAUCGACUUGCAUGACGGCAUGCCAUGCGCUGUAUAUGUGGGUGCCUCGUACCACUUCCAGGGGUGAUAUUCGGCGACAAAAUGCAGCGCAGGGUCGACAUAGUCAGCUUCGAACCUAUCUGAUGCAGGGUCGCCCUUCGGACCAUAUUUGGUAGAUUGUAGUGAAACCAUGGUCAUUUAGUCAAUUAGAUGCACUAGUUCAAUAUGGAGAGAAUAGCAUUGUUCCUAGGCUAAGUCAUGGGUGGGGACUGCUAUCCGACCC